AGCUCAGCUGCGAACGGGAGGGAAUCUAUAACUUCACUCUUCGCUACACGAAGUAAUAUGUCCUACCUAACGAUUUAUAUUUGUCGUUAUUGUAGUUGACGACGGAAAACAUUCAACACUGGAUGUAUGCUGCAAUCCCUCAGGUGGUUCUCAGCUGAACCGUCUCCGUGGGAACCAUGACAUCACAGAGGACAUCCGGAGACCCGCCCGUUGAACGUGGCUCGCUCCCACUAGACAUCGAUGAUGUCCACAUACUACUGCAAGUGGAACAGGAACAAAUUCAGAAGAGAACCUUCACCAACUGGAUCAAUGCCCAGCUGUCUAAGAGGAGUCCUCCGGUUACUGUGCUGGAUCUUUUCAAUGAAUUCAGAGAUGGAAGCAGACUAUUGGAUCUGCUGGAGGUGAUGAGUGGUCAGAGAAUGAGCCGGGAGAAAGGAAGGGGGACAUUUCAGCACAGAUCAAACAUUGAGAAAGCUCUAGCGUUCCUUAUGAGGAAAUCGAUCAAACUGGUCAACAUCAAUGUCUCGGACAUCAUGGAUGGCAAGCCUUCCAUCAUUCUGGGUCUGGUCUGGACCAUCAUCAUGCACUUUCAUAUUGAAGAGUUGGCCAGCACAUUGUCCUUUAGUUCUCGUCAGUCGUCUCUGGAAUCGCUGGCGAGUUUGGACUCUCGUUCCACCAGCAGCAGUGCCCGCAGCAGUCCAGUGCCACCCCGUGGUUCACCCCUGCACGCACGUUUCCGUGUAUCCGCCAAGAAAGCCCUGAUGCUGUGGGUCAGAGAGCAGUGCCAGAGGGCUGGUUGUACUCUGAAUGUGAAGGAUUUUAAGGUGAGCUGGAGGAGUGGCGUUGUGUUUUUGGCGAUACUUCAUGCUCUAAGGCCGAAUAUAGUGGACCUAACCAGAGCCCGAACGAGAACGAACAGACAGAACCUGGAGGAAGCCUUCCACGUUGCUGAAAGAGAACUUCACAUCCCCAGACUACUAGAUCCAGCCGAUGUUGAUGUUAGGGAUCCUGAUGAAAAGUCUAUAAUGACUUAUGUUGCUCAGUUUCUACAGUACUCUAAAGAUACUUCUGUUUCUGACGAAGAAAUGCAGUAUCUCACUCCUCCUCAGCGUCUCUCUCCUGUCAAUCUGCCAUCAGACUUUACUCCAUCUAUAUCUGUGUCAUCUCUAAGACAGACCUCAGCCAAUCAGAAGGCUCAGGAGGUCACAUGCUGGUUGGAUCAGGCCUAUCAGGAGCUGAUAGAGGGAUGGGACUCCACAGAGGGAGAGAGCUAUGCUGAAAGAUACCAAGUCUUCCACACCUUCAUUGUGUCCUUCAACGAGCAGAGGCGGCCCGUAAUGCCGUUAUUAACAGCGAUGAAGAGGACACCUCAGCUCAGUGUAGAGCAGAAAGCCCUCAGACGAGCAUGGGACACUCUCGCUGAGAAGCUGCGUGAGUAUAAAACCGAGCUGGACCUGAGUCUCCCAUCUCCACUGGACGUUGUGGGCCGCUGGUUGUUGCGUAUUGAAGAGGUUUUAUCUGCCGAAGAGGGCGAGCCAAUGGAUCAUGCUCGAGCCGCGGAGGAGGCCCGUGAGAAACUCGAUCUACUAAAGGUGUGUUUGGAGGAGAUGUCACAUCACAUCAAGAGGUUUAAUAUGUUUCAAAACACAAAUGAGUUUGGAGAGACUCUGGUGCCGACAGACAAGAUGGAAGAGAUGAAGAGAAGGUUCACCAGUGUCCGUGUAACAGCUAAAUAUCAUGGUAUUAAACUGGAGUACCAUGAGCGCAGACACACAGUGUUAGACCUGGUGAAUCAACUCAAAAUUAAACUGCGUUCUUGGAAAAGAGCCUACAUUUCCCAGGAGGCUGUUCGUGUGCUAAUGCAGGACUGGAAUGAGACUGUGAACAAACAGGACUUGACCUCUUUGCUGGAUGGAGCCCUCCACAGAUUUAAACUAAUCGCUAACAAAUACACCAGCAAGGCUGCCUUGGCUGGAGACUCCACACAGGUAAAUCGCCAGGUGGCUGAUCUAGAAGCAGAUGUGACAGCAACUCUGGAAGGUAUACGGAUGAUGAGAGGAACUAUGGGACGUGUGUUAGCAGCAUGGGACUCUUACAGUGAUAUCUAUACCUCAAUGCGCGCAUGGCUGGAGCAGGGUCCGCAUAGUCAGCGACACGGGCAGGGAACAGAGGUGACAUUAUCAGUGAUGUCAGAGUGGAGUUCUCGGCAAGCUCACCUGAAUGAAGUGGCCAACUACCUGACUGAGGUCACAGACCCGCAGACUAGCCGCGCUAUUUCAGACGAACUCUGCAAGAUAAAUCUGCUCUGGGCUGACUUUGCCAAAACAGCCCAGUUUUCUUUGGCUGAGGAGCCCAGUGCUGGCCCAUCUAGUCCUCAGACAGUUCAGGCUCUGAUGAGGGAGGCUACUCAGUUACUGAAAGAACCUGUGGAUGUGGUUUCUGGAUCGCUACGUACUUAUACAAAGAGACUACAGCUUAUGAUGAAGAAAAUAAAGGAUGUGGAUCUAGAAGCCCUCUCCCCAUCUCUAGACUGCUCUCCAGAAACCCUGAGCAAACUUCAGCAGGCCAUUCCUGAGGUAUUGCAGACACUCUGUGAGGCUGAACAGGUGUGCGAUGAGCUGCGUGUGAGUGUGAGUGGGUUGGACGGGCGUCUAGCUGAACUGUUACACUGGGAGAUGGAAGCCAGAGAGCUGUAUCAGCUCCUGAAGGAGGAAACACACAGGCAGAAGAGAGGACAAGACCCUAGAGCCCGGUUGUUAAUUUCGAGAGGGCUACAGUUAGAGGGUCAAGUGGUUAUGGAAGAGCAGGAUCUGCAGGUGAUGGUCAUGACUGGUCAGAAGACUUCACCACUGCAGUAUCUCAUCGCAUCCACCAUGCAGGACAGGGUCCGCUCUGUGGUUGAAAAGUCACAGGAAGCCGUAGGCAUGCUUAGCUCUUUGGGGGCUUGCAGAGACAGAAGCCCUGUUGGAGACCAGCCCCCUUCCAAGAUUUUUGUCCAAUAUCAGGAGGCAGAGGAAGAGUCCAAAACCCAGAAGCUCUCCUUCCAGGCUAUCUCUCCUUCAGGAGCCCCUAGCCAGACAGAACCCCAGCCUGCAGUCAGAGCCAAAGUCCCAGUAUCUUCUCAGAAACCAUCAGGGGUACCUUCUCAAGCUGUAGUUCUCAAGAGCCAGCCGUGUAGUCAGCCUGUGCCUAUGAUUGUUGUACAAGAGUAUGAAGAAGAGAACAGGAGUCCACAACCACAAAUGCACCCCUGUGAGCAAGUGAAAGACUCUCAGUCUAUUGAGCAAGUGAAAGACUCUCAGUCCAUUGAAGUGAAGGCACAGAAAGUUGUCCAAGCUCAAGCAAAAAUCAAAGAGCAUCAUGUAGAAACCCAGACAUCUUUACCACAGCCUGAGACACAAAAACAGACAGAAAACCAGUUGAAGAUGCAAGCUCCAAUUGCUAGCCAACCCUCACAUAACCUGCAAAAAGCAGCAUCCCAAGUUCAUAAUGAACAACAAUUAGCAACACAGCCACACGUGCACAUCCAAAAACAAGAAAAAACUCAAGUUACAAAACUGCAGAAGGUUCAAGCACAAACGGCAAUCCAGUCACAGCCCCAGGGCCAAUUAGAAACACAAUCACAGAAAGAUAUUACAAGCCAACAUCAAGCUCCAAGGCAGAAGAGGAAGGCAAAAAAAUCCCAGGCAAAUCUGCAGAACAGACCUUGGCUUCAACAGAGGAGUCAACUGGAAAAUGUUACCCAAAAACCAGCUCAACUGGUGCCACAAUCUCAGUCAGAGCCAGAGGACAAGGGUCAAAUAAGUCCUCAAGCACCACCACAACAUAUAGUGGCUGUUAGCUCACCUGAAGCUCAGGGACCUGUUCAUGGCACGGUGACAACACAAUCUAAAAGAAUUGUUGAGAGUGGUGAGAAACGCAUGAAGCAAGCUCAACCUGUUGCACAAGAGGAACCCCUUAUAGUGACACAAAAACUACCUCUAACUGUGCCAGCAGUUGCAGCACAACCAGUGAUUCAAAAACAACCACAACAGUGUGUGUCUCCACCGAUUAGUCAACAAGUAUUAACCCAACAUCCACCUCAACCCUCUAUAUCAACUCAAACACAAGCAACUACACAAUACUCACAAGCAACUGCACCUAUUCAGCUACAAAAGCAACCUCAAACACCGAUAUUGACACCACAGCAACCUCAAGUGAUGAUCCUGAAACAGGCACAACCUCAAUCCAUGACUCCCAUGCAACCACAAUGGCAGCCACAACAGACUAUUCCACAAUCUCAUCCUGCACUGCCACAAUCACAAAGAUUUCCAGUGACCCAAGCAAUGCCCCAAGGCAUUUCCAGACCAGGGCAGCAGUACCCAACAUAUCCCAUUCAACCACAAGUUAUUAUGCAGAGACAACAGUCACCACAUGGUGUAGUGCAGACCCAGCAACCCACACUGCACAAUCCGACUGCGAUUUCCCCUCAGCCCAAAGGUGCAUCCCCCAUACAACCCAGAAUCAUCUCUAUGCCUCAACCCCAGAUGCCUGUUCAAUCUCAAACCCAAACUCAGGUCAAAGCACAGGGAAGUGCACCACUUAUGAUUCAACCACACGGGCAACCCCAGUGGUAUCAACCAGGAGAUGUCUCCCAAACUUACCCCAAAGUCCAUGGACCAAUUUCUGUUGCUGCCCAAAUGCAGCCUCUGGCCCAUUUCCAAACUCAUCCCCAGCCUCAAAGUGUCCCUCCAUCUCAACCUAAGCAGUGGUCAACAAUAAGACCAGGCAUGGUGGCCCAGACUUACCCCACUGUUGAAUUUCCAGGUCAGAAAGUCCAAACUCAAUCUCAAAUGGCAGUUUACCCUAAAACUCAGCCGCAACCACAGCCUCAGCAGUGGCCCCCUGCUAGACCAGAAUCACCUUGGGGUCAAUCACAGAUAAGACCCCAAGGUCCAGCACAGCAUAUGGUUCCCUCUCAGCAAUGGAGACCUGUCAGUCCAGAGAGAGUCAGUCCAGUAUACCCAAAGGCUGAAUCUCAAGGGCAUGGACCAUAUCCUCAGCACCAAUAUCAAGCCCUUCCAAGGGCACAAAGCCCUCAACGUCAGUGGGGUCCAGUCCGGCCAGAACAUCAGUUUCAAGUCUCUUCCCAGACUAUGUCCCAUAGUGUUCUCCAGCCAGUAGCUCCAUGGAAUCAGCCACCAGCUCAAGCUCCCAUAAGAUCUCAGAGUCCACAGCAGCCUCAGCAAAGUCAGCAGAAGUGGGGUUCAUCCAGGAUAGAGGCCCCAUCUGAAACUCUCGUCCAAAGUCAAGCUGCUCAGACAGAGCUUCAGUCCCAAGAUCUGACAAAACCUCAGUUACCAGUACAGGAACCGCCCCAACAGCAGUCAGCUCCUCGGGUUAAGCAGCCAGCACUUGCCCAGGCUCCCCCUAAAGCCUAUACUGAGGCUUAUAUAAAGGCACAGGCCCUGGUUAGGAAUAGAUUUGAGGAAGCCAAGCACUGUCUUCAAGAGCACAUUCUCGAAGCUAUCAAUGUAUUCAAGGAUAAGCGAAUAACAGAGGAACAGGCAUCAGUUAAGGAGGAGACGCUUCGGACUCUGGACCCUGAACUCCUUGAAGAGUUCUUGAGGGCUACGGAAGGAAUGGAAGCUUUCUGCACCCCAUCUGAACUUAGAGACAUGGAGUUUUUCACACAAUCUGUCAGAACACAGUGGAAGGCUGUUCGAGUGCAAAUAUCAGAAUUUUUGAGGCAACUCAGAUUUGAGCUAACCCGCCUGCAUUUUAACCGUAUGGUUGAGAUAUGUGAGAUGCACUUUAAGAGGGAAAAACUCAGCCUUAGGCCUGAAUCAAUAUCGGAAUCAAAGGGAGAGGCCUGUUUUUCAGCAGAGGGCAGUCUGGCAGAGGCAGGGCAGCAGCUUGAAGCUCUGAAGGAGUUGUGUGAUACUCUGAGCCCUGAGGACGCACACAGGCUCGCACAAGCCCAACUCAGAGAAUGUGAGAGACGGCUUGCUGCCAUCCAGCGGCAGUUUAGUGGAGACAGAGAUACACCUCCUCCGGACACUGGUUCACAAACAGAGCAAACCCCUGAGCCAUCCCCUCAGAAAGCACCUACAGUCUCACCACCAGCUGAGAAGCCCAAAGAAGUUAUUUCAGAGGCUGCUUCACCGGUUAGCCCCCAGCGACCGAGAACUGUGGAGAAGAGGGAGAUAGUGAAACAAACGAGUACAGAAGAGGACAGGUACCGCAGCUCCAGAUUUGCAUUACAAGCUCAGCUAAACAGAAAUGAGCAAUGCAUGCUGGGAGAUCGUCCCUCAGAAUCAGUCACUCCUACAGACCUGCAGAAAAGACUAAGAGAAUUAAAGUCUCUGUGGGACGAGACAGAGACUUUGUGGAAGGAGUAUGAAACACUGUGUAUGCAAUGUGUUCAAUUCAACGAACGAUCUGUUGAGCAGGACCGAAUGGAGCUCACUGUCAGGUGGAGAGAGCAGAGGUCACAGUUACAGGGCAGGGUGAAUUCUCUGGGAGCAGCACUUGAGCUCAUGGACUCCAUUACGCUGAAAAUCUCGGAGUUUUCUGAAAGGCUGGAAAAGUUCAUUAAAGAGCCCAAAGACAUUAAAGGAUAUACACUAGCUAACCCUGUCAUUCUGAAAGAUGUGAAGGACCUAGAUGAAAGUAUCCAGACAGAGAUGGAUCGUCUGUCUCGAUUCGACUCUGAACCCAGUCAUCUGGACCUGCGAGACCGAUCACCUCUGACUCAGGUGGUUCUGAGCCACAGAUCCAGCCUGGACCGACUCAGGCAACAAGUGCGCAAGAGCGACGCUGCUGCCCGUGCCCUCGACCGCUUUCUCAUGUCCCUGCGGACCGUGGAGCUCGAUGUCUCUUCUGUGCAGAGCGCCCCUAGCAAUGAUCAUGUGGUACUGCAGGACAGCAGGUCUAAGCUGGCACUAAUCAGGAAGGGAGUCAGCAGCCUUAAGGAUAAGGCUCCACAGCUGGACCAGCUUUUGGGCGGAGCACAGCUCGAGGUGACCCAGGACGGGAGCCCUGUUUCCUGUCUGGAUAUGGUGGGCGUCCUGGUUCACAGGGUGGAAGAGGCAGAUGAUCGUCUGAUGAUUCGACAGAAUGAGCUCCAGAAGGAACAGCAGAACCAGGGACUCGGCCUGAGAAGGAAGACUAUGCAGGCUGAGCUGAGAAAGGUGCAGGGGGCAGCAGAAAAACAAGGUCUAAAGGAUCCCACCAUGCCAGCUGUGCAGCACCGGAUUCGAGCGCUGUCCGAUCUGGAAUCACAUUUGAACUCUCUUCGCCCUGAAUACCAAAGCAUCAAGAAGCAGAAUGAGCACCCUGAUCCAGCAAACGAAGAGCUGGACUUCCUUUGGGAAGAGACUGAGAAAGCUGUAUCUGACAGACAAGAGCAGUGCGCUGUUCUUCUGGAGCUGCUGAAGAAGUUUCAGAACUGUCGCAGUUACCUAAGCAACACUCUCCAGAGGGCGGAGCAAACGAUCAAUGAGCAGGCAUCAUACAUGGGCAAAGAAAACCUGCAACGCCUCCUAGCAAAAGUCGUUGGCAUAAAGGAGGAUCUUAAUGGCCUCGGACCCAAGAUGGAGGAGUUCAGAUCUGUGUGCAGACAGUUGCAGUCUCAGCUGAAGAAAAUUCCUGAUUGCUCAGAAACUCCCUUUGAGAUGGAGGCAGAUGCUUUGGUGGACUCAUGGCUGGAUGUGUCAGAGAAGACGGACUGUUACAUGGAUAACCUGCGUUUGGGUCUGGAGUUGUGGGAGAAACAGCUGGUUCUGGGUGGAGACGUGGACAGCUGGACUUCAACUAAACUUAUCGUCUUCUCAGAGUCUCACCCUUUCAGCAGUGAGACGGAGGUUCUCAGCUUGAAGAAUGAGAUUCAGUAUCAGGAGGACAACCUUGAACACUUCCACAGGAAGUUGCUAGAGAUCCAGGAACUGCUGCAGAGCAAAGAAUCUCCACUUGAGUUACAGGUAAUGGAAACAAACCUGAGGAAGAAAAUGGAGCAGGUGAAAGAGCUCUUCUCCGACUGCACUGACGUGUUCCAGGAGCUCCUCACAGUUAAAGCUCAUUUGGCUGAAAAGAUUGACACUUAUCAAUCAUCUGUGAAGAAUAUACGCUCCUCAGUAGAUUCGAUUAGCUCAGAGGAUCGCACACAGCUGGAUGCGCAUUUACAGGACUUGUGUGAGCAGCUUUUGGACCAGGAGGAGCAGGCUGAAUCUUUGCUGAAGGAAAUCAAUCUCAUGUCCAGCAUUACUGGACCGCAGGCUUUGGAGGAGCUGACCAAUGACACCAAGCAUCUCAAAGACAGCAUUGCGGAAACACGAGAUCUGAUUCAUCAAAAGAAGGAACAGGGGGAGAAAAGCUUCCUUCAGACUAUUAAAGAAGAGUUCCAGUCAUUUGAGGAAUGGUUGCAGGAUGAGCAGCUCUCUGUGAAUGAGUGUUUUGAGAACCCUGAGAGGAAGCAGGAUGUCGAAAUGUCCAUGCAGAGAUUGACAAGUUUCCUGGCCUCUAAAGAAGGAGAACAGCGUCUGGCCCAGCUGAAGGAGAGAUUUGAGAGAGGCGAACAGGCAAAGGUUCCUUCUGAGGCUCAAGCUUUGCUCUCCUCAUGGCACCAGGAACAGGAAGGAGAACUGGCCACACUCAGGGCUCACUGCCAGGGACGCCAUAAACAGCUAGAUGACAUCCUCCACAACCUCAACAGUUUGCAAGAGGAACAUAACCAUUUGAAGGACUGGCUUCAGCACAGGGAGAAAGUGCCAGAACAGAGAGAAAAAGUUCGACAAAUCCAAGAGGAGUUUCUUAAAGAAAGUGGUCGUAUGGAGGCAUUCAAUGACCUGUUAUCCACUGUAAGGAUGCGUGGCCUGAGGGGAGACCCUUUCCUUAGAGACAGCGAGACCCUGAUAGACCAAUACCACAGCCUGGGGAUUCUUUUGGAAAAUCAGGCCCAAGUCCACAAGACCCUCGAUGAUCAAACUGAAACAUUCCAAAACAAUGCAGAGCAGAUUAGAGCCUGGAUCAGAGAUUUAAAGCAAGGACUUGAGUGCAUGGGCACAGACACGCCAAUCCAAAAGAAACACAUGAAUGCUCAGGCUGUUCUGAAUCUAAGAGCUAAAGGUGAUUCUAAACUGGUGGCUCUGAAAGAAGAGGGUGAUGCUUUAUGUGCUCAUGAGAUUUUGGAGGACACCAGAAGACAGGAGCUCAUUCACACCCUCAGAAACAUUGAGGAUGAGUGGAAAAGAGUUCUGGAGAUGGCUCAACAAUUAAAACAUCAGGCAGAACUCCAAGACACACUCUCCCAGGAACUAAAAGAUCUACAGGCCCAGGAAGAGAGCACGCAAUCCUGGGUGAGAGAACAACUGCAAAUGCUGCACUAUCUGGGGAAGGAACUUCAGCCACAGGAAAAACGAAUUAAAAUACAGGCUGUAUUGGACCUUGGUGAUGAAGCCGAUUCCAGAUUGGCCAGUUUACAGAGACAAGGGAAAGAUUUAUGUUCUUAUAAAGAGCUUGACAAUGAGAGGAGGAGCCACAUUGACCAAACCCAGAGAGCGAUAGAAGAGGAGUGGAGGAAAGUGCUACAACUUGCCCAAGAGCUCAAGAACCAGGUCAAGCAUGAGGAAUCUCUCUACAGAUUGAUACAAACCUUCUGUGAUCAGGGAGAGGACACUCAAUCCUGGAUUAGACGGCUCAGAGAGACCCUGGGUUCUCUUCGUGUUACAUCUUCCAUUCAAGAGAGGCUUAAUGGAGUUGAGGCAGUACUAGCUCAUAGAUCUGAGGGGGACUGUAAACUUGCUGACUUAAAGACAAAGGGAGAGAGUCUAUGUUCCUAUGAAGAUCUAGAAGAAGACAAAUCCAGGACAAUCCAACAGACUUUACAAGAUGUACAUCAAGAGUGGACAGGACUUUUGACGGAUGCUCUUGAGCUGAAGAACCGAUCAGAAUUUGAGAAUUCUCUUUCCAAGGACCUUCAGGAUCUUCAAGAACAAGAGGAGCACACUCAAUCUUGGAUCAAAGAGCAGUAUCUGAAGAUUGAAUUCCUAGGUGAAGAUACUCCAUUACAAGAGAGAAUGAAUGGAGCUCAGGCCAUCCUGAACUCUGAAUCAGAGGGAGAUUAUAAGCUUGCCACACUGAGGAGGAAAGUAGAGGGUAUGUGCUCUCGAGAAGGCCUGGAGGAGAAGAGAAAACAGGAAAUCCAACUGAACCUAAGAUCCAUUGAAGAAGAAUUGAAGAAGGUCCUGGCAAGAGCUCAGGAACUAAAGAACCAGGCUGAACUCCAGGAUUCUCUCGAAAGGGAGCUUCAGAAUGUAUAUACCCAGGAGGAGACCACCUGGUCCUGGGUGAAGAACCAGAAAGAUGGCCUGGACUCACUGGGAACAAGCACUCAUGGUACACAGAACCAGAUUGAGGAGAGACUAAGCAAAGCACAAGCAAUUCUAAGUCUUCACUCUGAGGGCAACUCUAAGAUUGCUUCCCUGAAAAGGACAGUAGACCAUCUAUAUAUCCGUAAAGAUCUUGAUGAAGACACAAGACAUUCUCUCAUUGAGAAAAUGAAAAACGUAGAGGAGGACUGGAAGGCAACACUGCAGCAAGCACAGGAGCUGCAUAGUCUGCUGAAAAGUUUAGUGGAACGCCUGGUGUCCUGCCAGUGUCAGAAGGAACAGCUUCAGUCUCGUCUGGAGCAGGUGAAACAGCAGACAGCUGCACUGCCACACCACUUCCCCUGGCCUGGUUUAGGGGAUCGAAGGCACACAGUGGAGCAGGCCAAGAGUCUGCUAGACCGUACUAGAGCCCUGACCCCAUCUCUGUCUGCUGUCCGAGCGCUCGGGAGGGAGAUGAGCCAGCUGACCCGUGAUUCCAGCUGGAUCGAUCCAUCCUGGGCCACCAUGGAGGAGUCCAUUCCUGAGUUGAUCAAAGAGAUUACGGAGUUUUGCGUAAAUCUUGAAGAGGAAAUACGGAGGGAGCGAGUUUGUGCUCAGCUAGUUGAGCAGCACACCGUAGCUCAGGAUUGGCUGAGAGAGCAGGUCAAAGGUUUCGGCGCCCUGCCCACUGAACGCCAUGGGUUACAAGGCUCUAUUAACACUCUUAAGGCGCUUCUUCAGACCGUAGACAGGGAGAAGAGAGAAAUGAAAGAACUGGAUGCUGUUAAAGAUUCCCUGAUGGACCUUUGCACUCCAGGAGGUUGUGAUGCCCUGACCUUAGAGGUCAGCCAUCUUCAUGACCUCUGUGUGUUCUCGGAGAAGGAGAUGAGGGAACGGUUAUCUGUGUGUGAGGCCCGAUUGAGUGAAAUCGAUCUAAGGCUUGCUGGAAGGGCACAGAUUCUCAGGGAGCAGGCAGAGAGCCUCCUGGAUGAGCUCUGUGCUCAGGACUACUCUUUAGGAUUUCUAGUGGGUAGCCAGAAUAUCAGCCAGCUGCAGGAGAACUGGCAUUGCUUCAAGACAUGUGAGAGAGACGUUGAGGCUUUAGAGGGCAAAGUUCGUGACCUUGGUCAGGCCCUUCGAAUGGUCCCACCUGAUGAAGAGCCCCCUAUUGAUGUCAUUUCCAUAGUGGACAAAGUUACACAACAAUAUUGCAGUCUGCGAUCAAAACUGUCGGAAAGGCAGAAUGACUGUGCAGACAGCACUGUGCAGUGUGUGAGACAAGCCUUACAAAACAUACAGUCAUGGAACCAGAUGACUCAUGCAAAUCCUCCCAGCAGCUCAGCCUCAUCCAUGCAGGCUGCAAUUGAGGAAGGUGUGAAACUAUGUAAAAGCCUGCAAGUGGCGCUAUCCCAUAAAGAACUCCUGAGGGACUGUCUAGGCCCUGACUUGGCAGGCAAACUUGAAAGAGAUGGACUGAAAACACUAAACGAGGCAGAAACUAACACGAAUGACCUUAAACAGGAUCUUAAGAAUUUAGAGGAGAAGGUGAAGCAGGAAGCUCAGAGGUUGUCACUAGAGGCUCAAAGCAUUCAGUUAGAAUCACGGGUUUCUGCUGUGACACCAUCAACCAAGGAGUCUGAAGAGUUGGAAUUUCUUUGUACCUCAUACUUUAUCACUGAGAGCUGCGAAAUGGAUAACCGUGAGGUACAGCCAUCUGAAAACCCUGAAAGCAAGAUUCCUCUAUGUGUAAUCUCAGAAACUGCAACAGAAACAGUAGUUCAUGCUGCAAGAAAAUCACCACCAAUAUUAGAAACUGACACUGAACAGGCUGAUGUCAAAACAACUGUACUGUUAACCAUGGAGAUUCUACCUGAACCAGACAUAAGAGUAUAUGAUUCUCCUAUUCCUACAAGCAGCCAUGGAGCAAAUGAAGUUGAAAAUGAGAAUUUAAUUUCUGUUGCUUUGGAAACAAAAGCUGAUAAUGAUGAGGUUGCAGAUAAAAAGAAGUCCACUUCCUCGUCUGCAGCUCUCCACAACUUGGAAACCACUGUGCAAGACACAGACUCUCAGUGCUGUGGAAUUCCAAGUCUGAGCUCAAAAGGACAAGAAAGCCAGUUGUCUGUUGAGGUUGUGAGCUUAGCUUCUUUUGCUGAAAGAGUGAAGAGUGUGAACAUUGAAGCAGUGACUGUAGAAUCAGAUAAAGAGGAAGAGGGCUCAUAUAGUCUAAAUUUUCAAGACGAACCUGGUGAAAAAGGUGAAGCACAAAUAAAAAUAGUUGCUGAGCUCAUUUUAGAUGUGGAUACUGUACACAUACAGAGUGUAGACACACCCACAGACAGUUUAGUGAGUACAGCCUCUCCUAGUGCUGUUGUAAACGAGAAGACAUUGUGUCCAACAAUGGGAAAACAAGAUGAUAGAACUUUAGCUACUCCAGAAGCUGAAAUGUCUGACAUAGCAAAAGAAGCAAUCAGCAUUCAGUCUUUUCUUAAUGAGGCAGGUAUGGUGAGUGUAUCACAUAUUAGUUCAGCAAUUGAACCAGAACAGUCACAGCUCACUGAAAUAGACACCAACAGACAAGUGCAAACAACCACAACCCCACUUGCUGAAACACAAGGUAGUGGAGAUGCUGCUUCAAGAAGUAUUGGAACAUUUUCUUGGAACAAUGGACCAAAUGCUACAAUUGCUGACAGAGAGGACGACUGGACUACAAACAAUGGCCCGCGUGAAAUCCAACAGCGGUAUAUUAUUCUAGACUUUCCUGAGGGGGCAGAGAUGCAGAGGCAUCAUGCUCAUGAAGCUACUCCAUUAAGGGAACCUACUGAGACUCAGAAUCAGGGAUCAGAAUGUUCAGCAUCAGAAAUAAUGGAGACAGAAGGUGAGGCAAAAUCUGCUGAAACCGAAACAGGGGUUCUAGCCAACACAAACAGACCAUUAGAAGCAUCAGAACAAUCUGAACCGGUUGAAGCAAACCAAAACCUACCAACAAGGCUGGUUGGAGAAGUCAUGCAUGUCAUUGUAGAAGAAGAGACAAAAAAGACCCUGUCAGGUGGUGAUCCUAAACCUCCAAUCAAGCAACAAAAUGAGGGAGAAACUGAGAUCCAAACAAACCAGAUGAAUGUCUCAACACUAGAGGAGAAACCUGAGGGGGAAGAGGCCAUGGGUGUCAUUUUGAGAGAAGAGACAAAGACUCCAUCAGGUGAUGAAGUACAAUCCACAGAAAUUGAACCUAAUCUGACACCUCCAAUCAAGCAACGGAAUGACUGGGGCACUGAGAUACAAUCCAAAAGAAUGAAUGUCUCACUGACAUCAGAGGAGAAACCUGAAGUUGGAGAGGCCGCAGAUGCCAUUGUAGAAGAAGAGACAAACAAGACCCUAUCAGGUGAUAAAACGCAAUCCAUAGGAGCUGAACCUAAACUGACACCCUCAAUUAAGCAGCAGAAUGACCGGGAAACUGAGGUCCAGUCAAAAAAGGUGGAUUUUUCACCAGAGGAGAAAACUGAAGGUGGAGAUGUCAUGCAUAUCAUUAAAAAAGAAGAGACAAUUGAGACAAGUGAAAAAGCACAUUCCAUAGAAGCCGAACCUAAACCAACGCCUCCAGUCAGGCGAAGAAACGAUAAAAAGAUUGAUAUCCAAUCAAACAAGGUGAAUACCUUAACACCAUCAGAGGAGAAACCUGAAGGUUUAGAGGCCAUUGAUAUCAUUCUGGAAGAAGAGGUAAAGAUGGCUCCAUCAGAUGAUAAAGUACAAUCCCUAGAAGCUGAACCUAAAUCUACGCCACCAGUCAGGCGACUAAAUGAGGGUGAAACUGAUAUCCAAUCGAACAAGGGAAAAGUCUCAACAACACCAGAGAAGAAACCUGGCAGUGGGGACACCAUGCAUAUCACUGAGGAGGAAGUGACAAAAAAGGUCACAUCUGUUGAUGAAGCACAAUCCAUAGAAGUUGAGCCUAAACCAACGCCACCAGUCAGAAGACGGAAUGAGAGUGAAACUGAGGUCCAAUUUGACAAGGUGGAUGUCACACCAACACCUCCCACCAGACGACAAAAAAGUGAUAGGUUAUCUUUAAACUUUGAAUCACAGAUAGAGGGAGAAAUAUUUCCCACCCCACCAAGCAGAAGACGUAAAGAGAAAACGGGAAGUGAGAGGUUUUCUCUUGAUUUAGAGUCCCAACCCACACCACCAGCAAGACGACGUAAAGAGAAAGAAGAUAGAAGAUUAUCGCUCGGUCUGGAGGCGCAACCCACACCACCAGCAAGACGACGCAAAGAGAAAGAAGAUCAAAGACCUUCCCUUCGUUUGGAGACUCAACCAACACCACCAGCAAGACGAGGUAAAGAGAAAGGAGAAGAUCAAAGAUUAUCAAUGGAUCUGGACACUCAACCCACUCCACCAUCAAGAAGACAUAAGGAUAAGCCAGAGAGUGACACAUUAUUUUACAGUUUUGAAUUAGGAAAAGGUGAUGAUGGACAAACUAGUGAACAUAAAGACAGCGAAGAGCCCACUGUUAAACCAACUCCACCUGUCAGACGCAAAAUUAGUAAAAUAGAAAGUGAUGCGACAUUAGCAAUUUGCAAAAACCAAGAAGAGAAAAAGACCUUUGUGAAACCUACACCACCAAUAAGAAGGAAAGAUAGCAAAGUUGAAAAAGAGAUAGUCGCAGGUGCUUUUGUAUUGAAAGAAGAGAUAAGCAUAAUUAAACCAACUCCACCUCUGAGACGAAAAGACAGCCAAGCAGAGACUGAGAUAGUCUCCACCACUUCUGAAAGUCAACUUGAAGUCCUACCAACUCUUCCAACCAACCAAAAAAAAGAUCAAAUAGAAGCUGACAGUGUUCAAUUAAUGCCAGAAGAGCCACAGGUGAUACCAACUCCAACAACCAGCCAAAACAAAAGUUCAGGGAAUGAAAUGGUUUGUGCAAAACUGGAAGUGGAAACCAAUGUUGAACCAAUAACUAAACAGGAAGAUAAAGAGGAGUGUGACACUAAGCCGUUGAUUGGUCGUGAGCAUCAAGAGGAGGGGCAGGACUCUGAUACCUUGGUCCCGGAAACUAUAAGUGUAGUCAGCCAAACAAAGAGCAUCAGUGAGAUGCAGCCACAGGAUCAAGAUGUGGAUUUUUCUCUGCAAGUUGGUCUUACCACUGAAAUCUUGCAGAGUCCAGCAGAGGAAGAGCCAAAGGGACCCACAAUGAAGGAUAUCUUUGUGGAGAUCAAAAACAUGACUGAAAAAGGACUAAAAAGUGUACUCAUGGAGGGUAUACCACAUGAAAGUACAGAGAAACUUCUUGACACGUCCAGCACUGAUCUUGAAGCUCAGUUAAAAAGACUAGUGUUCCAGUUACUGGACCUUCGAACUUGCCCAGCUGCUCUGAACUCCGCAGACAUGGCUAAACAACUAGAGGAGGCUGAGGAAUGUAGAAGGUGUGCCCAGAGACAGGUAUCUAUGCUGUCUAGGCAAGACCAGGCUAAUGGAGACAUUGGCACUGGCACUAAUGGCACAGUUCAUGACCCCGAGGGCAUGCAACAGCUAAGCGCCCAAUGGAGUGCAGUUUUGUGGGAUGCAGCAAGCUCUGUUCAUUCCAAGGAAGUACAAUUGCAGAUGGUUACAGAUUUUGACAGACAAACCAAGAAAGUCAAAACAACUCUGGAGAGACUCAAAACUGAGCGUGAGGCACUAAGAACAUCUCCAGCCAUAAGCAGUUUUGCUGAGGAGGAGAGGCUGCGCUCUUUCUUGAGAAACAUGGAACAGGAAAGGACAGCUCUCGGUGAGCUAAUUCAAACUCGUGCAAAACUCUCCCCUCACCUCAGUCUGCCUGAGAGACAAGCAGUGGAAAUACAGCAAAACAACUUGCAACACCAGUGGAGGGCCCUGGAGAAGGAUGCAGAGAUUGCUCUUUACAUGGUUAAUGCUUAUGCUAAAGAAAGUGGCAGCCUUCUUCAAAAUGUCGGUGCCUUAAAACACCAUCUCAAGAACAUUCAGAAAACCUUGGAUACAUUGAAAUCCUCGCCAGUUUUAUGGGAUGGCAAGAGAGCUCAAGAAAUUAUGAAUAUAAAUGCUGAUCUCACUUCCACCCAUCAGCAGUACCUCUACCUUCAGCAGACCUCUGAGGCACUUGCCCAGGAAUUCCAAUUCAAGGCAGAGACAUCCAGCGUAGAGCAGGACCUUCAGCAUAUCAAAGAUCAGCUGGAUCAAAUAGGCGAACAGUUAGCAGCUGCAACCCCUAGCAGCAGCAACCCAACGUUAAGUAAAAUUGUAAAAGUAAUUACAGAUGCUCUAGCUUGGGCCAAGCAGACAGAAUUUGACAUCAAAGGACGCCAGAAAAAGGUGUCUCUGCUUCCAGAAGAGGUACAUCGACAGAUUAAAGAUUUAAAGAAAUUGCAGUCAGAGAUGAGCUCCAAGCAAGCUCAGUUAAAGGCUUUGGUUGAGGAAGUCAAUGAGCUUAUUCAUGACCUAGAUGAGGAUGAUGUUUCAAUGGUGACUUCAUCCUUGAAAACCCUAGAAGAUUUGUCCAAAUCAACAGCAGGAAAACUGGCCAAGGCAGUUCACGAGAUGGAGUCAGGGCUUCAAACCCGGGAGAAGAUGUCAGAGCAGAUAGCAGAUGUUGAUUCCUGGGUGGUUGGACAUCUCUGGAGGGAAGCUUUGAGGAGAGAGGAUUAUCAAAGUUUGAGUCCGGCAGACCUGGAUCGCAGGUUGAGGCAGAUCCAGGACACUCUUGGAGAGGCAGAAAAGCAGUCCGCUGUCACUGAAGCUCUUCUGAUGAAAAGCAAUGACAUUGCAUCAGAGCUACAUGUCUCAGAGAGUACUCAGCUCCAUGGGAAACUCACCAACCUUCAAGAAGACAUCAAGGGUAUUGUUAUCUAUGAGAAAGCAUGUUGCCAGAAAGUUAUGGAUGUCAUACAAAGCCAAGAAUCCUCUCAAAGGAAGGUAUCAUCUCUUGAGAACAGCCUGAGACAAAUGUUAGUUGAUUUAAAAAGACACAGGUUUCCUGUUACCAAGGAUACCCUCUCUGUUAUCGAACCCUUUAAACAGAUGAUUGUGGAGCGCAAAUCUCAGGUUGAACAAGUCAGUCCCUGUGCAGAGGACAAGAGAAGAGAGCUAUUAUGUGUUAUCACUGAACUGCACCACAAAAUGAUAGAUUUGGAUCUCAAAGCACAAGCUCAUGAAAGGUACUUGAGUCUCAGUCAGUGUAUUGAAGAUCUAAAGGAUGAAAUGGAGGCUCAGAUUCCAAGGACCAAAGAUGAGAGCAUCAACAAAGAGGAACGCUACAGUGCCUGUCAGAACCUACUGAUCCAAAUCCCUUUAAUAAAACUCUUGUGUGAGGAAACAAGAGUUGAACUCCAGGAAAUCAUAGCAGAUCUUUAUCCAUCUCAGAUCUCUGCUGAACAAAUAAGACUCAAGCAAAUCUUGGAAAGUCUCAAAACCUCAGAAUUGACAGUGAACAAUAAUCUUCAGAUACUGGAAUGGGAUCUGCUGAAACAUAUUCACUACCCAUCAGAAAAGAGAGUACUUCAGCAGUUCCUCAAAGACACCAAUGAGGAGCUAGAAAAGCCUUGUUGUAUUGAACCAAAAGGAGGAGUAAUUGAAAAACAAUUAAGAAAGUGCCUUGUGCUCAGAAAGACUGUAGAAUCUAGAAUGCAUGUGCUUGAGUUUCUUGAAAAAAAGAUUGGAACUCAACCUCCACAGGACUCCAAACAGCUUACUUGCUUGAAAGAUAUGGUUUUGGAAAGGUGUGAUCAACGAAUGGUAAGUUUAACUAAAGCCAAAGAACUGUUAAGGAACUACACCAAGGCAGUGAUUGAUACCAUUCGGUUCCUCCAAAGAGCUGCAUUGGUCCUUCUUCCCUCAAUCUGCUCUGCUAGAAGCUGCUCAGAAAGACUUAAAGACACUCAGCAGGCUUUAUUGACCCUAGACACAGAGUUCCAGUCACAUAUUUCACAGCUCCAAACUCAAAACCCACAGCAUCCCUGCUUCAAUCCACAGCAAACUGAAUUUCUACACAUAGAGCUUCUAGGCGAGCUCUUGGUCAGGCUAUCGACCCUCAAGGCCCAGGCCCAAAUACAACUAGAAUCUCUAAAGAGGUGUGUUGAGUGCCAGAAACAUUCUCGUAAAUGCUAUGAGGAGCUUUGCCAGCAAGUGAGAGACUCAGAAACAUUGCUAUCACAAUGUGCUUCCAAAAAAAAUACUUCACACAAAGACUGCAAAGACCAGCAACUGAAACUCAAGGCUGUAGGGGAAGAGGUUGUCAUGCUUCUUGGAAAACUGGAGAAUCUGAGAGAAUGGUGUUCAUUAUAUGGAUGUAGAGCCAACAGGGAGGAUGCAGUGAGUGCUGUCUGGGGGCAAGUGGCAAGAUUGCAGCGCUGUGCCAAUGAUCUGCAGACACGCUCAGGACAAAUGGAAGCAGAGUGGAGCUGUGUCACAAGGAGUGUGGAGCAGGCAGCCGGUGUGUUGGAGCAGGUGGAUGCAGAACUUCCAGACAGCAGCAGAAAGAAUCUGACUGGUGACGAGCUGCAGGAACUGCUGCUAUUCUGUUCCCAGUACCAAGACAGACUGGACUGUGAACACAGAGCUCUCUCUGCAUUGGAAUUAAGAGCUGCGAGGUUGCUUGGUGUUCCCCCCCACCUGGAACAGGCCCCACCCAUUGAGCUGUGCCAGAAACUUCACGCCCUGCAGGAGCGUUACCAUAGUCUGAAGGAGCGGAGCACUCAGGGUCAGAGGGCAGUAAGAACAGAGGUGGAGGAAAGGGGACGAGUGCAGGAGCAGCUGGAGGGAGUCAGAGAAUGGCUGGAAUCUGCCACCUCUCUCCUCUCUGUACUAGAGCACGAACCCAGCAAGAAACAGCUACAGGAGGUUCACUCACAGCUGUGUACCCAAAAGGCCAUUCUGCAGCGUAUUUCAGAAAGCUUGAAAAUGAUGUACUCUGACAAAAAUACAUCGAUUCCUGAAGAGAUAGAGGGACUGUUACAGGAAGUCUCACAGUCAUUACAGGAAGUGGAGGAGCAGGUGAAGACAGCCGUGGAGAAAAGUGGCCCACUUCACAGGCUGGGUGCUAAAAUCUCAGAGAUUAAAGCAGGUCUGGGAUCAGUUCAGAGCUGGUUAGAGCAGAAGAGCCAGAACUUCAAUGAAGCUGAGAGCACACAAAAGCGAGUCUGGGACGAGCUGGAUAAUUUACACACUCGUCUGACGGCAGUUGAGGUGGAGCUUCAGGACGUGAGUGAAAUGCAUCCGGACGAGACCCGUCUGAUUCUGGACAACCUGGCCAACACUCAGCAGACCCACACACGCCUCACCAAACAGGCUGAACAGAGAACCACCUUUCUCAGCAAGGUCCGUGACUGGCUGCAGGAGCAUGAGGAGAUGGUGAAGGGGUCACAGAGCUGGAUCUCUGAGGCUCAGUCAUGGCUUACGACACCCUGCACAUACACCACUGCCAGAUGCCUCGACAGUCAUGUGAACGCACUGCAGAUGGUUCUGGAUGAUUCCGCUCAGAUGAGACGGGCUCUACAGGGUUUCAGCAGUGUGCUGACAGAGAUGGGAAGUGUGUUUGAUGUCAGUCCAUUAGAGGAGCAGCUCUCAAAUGCUGAUCGACGUGUGGCAGACAUGCAGCACAACCUUCUGGGACCCCUCUCUCAGCUGGAGCAUGCAGCAGCAGAAGUGGAUGCCAUUGAGACAGAGGUGAAGGUCAUGGACAAAGAUGUAGCCAAACUUAAAUCUACUCUGACUACCAAAGAAGACAUCAGCCAAGACAAUCUUAAGGCAACAGAAGACAGGAUUGACCUGAUGAAAAGGACAGUAGCUGAGAUCCAGAACUGUAAGGAUGGUCUGUGUCUUCCUGACAAAGCUGAAAACACACUCCUAGUGUUCAAAAGAGCAGAACUACUACAGAGACAGCUGCUGGAACUAGAGCAGCUGGCCCUAGAAUACUCAGUUGAGGUGCAGGAUAUUCCUGCCCCGCCCCUAAGUGUUCCGCCCACUAUCACUGAGGAAGAGACACAGGAGAGUGGUCAGAUUCAGAUUGCGCAUGUUGAGGAGGAUGUGUUGAGAAAAUCAGGAGCAGCGCUGAUGACGGUGGAGCAAUCCACACCGGAGCAGAGACUCACCUGGAUCUCUGAGAAGAGCAGCCAUACCACCACAGAAACACAGCAGGAGUCUGAUGAAGAGGAGGAGCUCUUUGAAGAUGUAGAAGAGGGGGAAGAUGAUGCUUCUGAUGAAAACAAAGAAGAAUGUGAAGUUCACAUAGAAAAUGAGGACGACGAGGCAAGACGAAGGUCACCCGCCUCUCUGAAUUCUGAGGGUUACUUCUACAUGACCAUGGAGGACUCUGUUUCUGCAGACGAUGUUUCUUCUACAGAACCGGUUUUGGAGCAAGCAGAAGCAACCGACUCUAAGGUAGAAGUAGAUACAUCUGUGGCCUCGGGAACAGGUGUGUCAGAAGCUUUAUCUGAAGCGGACGCCACAGAGGAAAGCCAGUCUCUCCCUGCGGACAUGGCGGACUCUGCUGGAUGUCUGUCCGGUGACGGGCUGCUCCAUGCCUGUCGUGAGAGGGCCGAGCAGCUGGAGGAGUGUUUGGAGAGAGCACAGGUCAGCCUGGAGGGGUCGAGACGGCAAGCUCAGGACGCAGACAUGCAGCACAGCAUUGAGCAACAACUUCACACCUGCCAGACAAUUCUGGUGGAGAUUGAGCAGAGGAUCUCCAUUCUUCCUGCAUGUGGACUGAAACAACCGGAGCAACACGCUGAAUCGCUCAACACCAAACUCCAGCUGCUGAAGAACAGACUGGUGACUGUGCAGUUACAGCUUCAAGACAGACAGAGCGAAGAUCAGGUGCGUGUUGAGAGUCAGAGCCCCCUACAGGCCAGGAGGACUCGCAGCAGUAGUGUGCAAGAGAUGUUGAGUUCCUCCAGAACGAAACUGUUCAGACAAAGCAGCCUUCAACAACAAAGGGAAUUGGAGCAUGGUUUGAAUGAACAGAGGGAUCUAACUAAAGCUAUUGCAGUUCAGUGCAGCAGAGCCCGAACACAAAACCAGAGCACAGACGGAUUUACAGGGCCUUCGGCAGCAAAAGAGAAUGAAGACAAGAGACAGGAAGUAGAGUUAGCAGUCCACAGGAAGUGGACACAUCUCUGCAGCGGACUGACCAAGACAGCAGAGACUGAACAAGAUGGAGAUAAAGAUCAGGAUCCUUCUGAGAUCCUUACUCCAUCGGUGUGUUUGUGGAGUGGAGCUGCUGUUUCCCUCUGUCUGCAGGAGAUUCAAUCCAACAUUUCACAACUUAAAGAACUGCAAAAUGCAGCAGUUACGCAGGACCAUCAGUCUCUGGAUGAAGGUCUGUUUGAAGUGUUGAGUGGAGUUAAUCUCACUCUCAGCUCUCUCACACACACUCUCGUGUUUCAGCCAGCAACCUCACACACUGACAGACUAAACCAGCUGCAGCAGCUACAGAGUUUGUCUGCAGAGCUGAGCUCCUUGAGUGCCAUAUUGACCUCCCAGGGGUCAGAGGUCAUAAAAUUGUUAGGUUCGAGUUCAGAGGUAUCCUCCACCUGUUUUGACCUGCUGACGCAUCGUGUAUGUGACAUUCAAAAGACUCUGGCCGAAAAACAGGAGCAGCUACAGGAGCGAAUAAAUCACUCGACUCAGCUGCAGAAGAGAGUGAAAGACCUGCAUGACUCAGUACUAACUAACACGUCAAUCCUUCUCCCUACAACUAACGGAGAAACGCACCAUGAUCUUCACACACAGCUGCAGGCUGUCAUUGGGCGGAAACAGGAAGUGGAGCAGAGCGAGAGAAAGCUGGCAGAACUCCGAGAUGAGACAGAGAGUCAAGAGCCUUCAUCCCUCACACAGCAGAUCAGCACACUGGAGGCGGUCUUGGACAGUGUUUGGAGUGAUCUAGAGCAGCGCUGUGGAACUGUUCAGUGGAGUCUCGAUCAACAGCAGAUGAUUGAAAAAAUACUGAAGGGUCUGCUGAUGCUCCUGAAUCUUGGGAGAGAGAAACUCGCCUGCACCUCUCAGCUGGAGUUUAGGAAUCCAGCACAACUCCAGACACACCUCAGCAAACACACGGUGUUUUUCCGAUCUCUGGCUGCCCACCUGCGGACACUGCAGCAACUGAGUGUGCGGAUCCCAGACAGCGCCUCCUCUGGCUGGGAGACUGAAGUGUCUGAGGUGGAACAUCAGGUGUCCAGUGCCCUGCAACAGGCUCAGGCUGUUGGCACUGUACUGCACUCCGCACUGCAGAUUUGCACUCAUUGGGAUGAAAAUCAUUCCUGGUUAGCAACACUGCUGCAGAGGUUAGAGACUCAGCUUCCCAUAACUCCUCUGUGGGACCAAACUGAAGGGCAGCUCAGCGAGAAUAUUUCUGUGUAUCAGAGUGUGUUCGCGGUUCUGGAGCAGAACAGAGCUCGUAUCGGUCUGAUUCUGGAUGAGGGCCGUAGACAGCAGGAGCAGAUUUCUAGUAGUGAAGUCGCUGUUCCUGUACACAUAUUGGGUGUGUCUACAGCAAGGCUGGAACAGCGAUUGGCUGCACUAAAGAGGAGGGUGGAGCAAGGACUAGACUCCACCCACCAUCUUAAGAAGCUUUGGAACAGGUACCAUAGCGAUUUUGAGGCUUUGAAUGAGUGGAAAGAACGAGCCAGAGAACGCCUGCAUGCAUGGAGAGAUCACAUGAACUUGGCUGAACAGGAAGCGGACACCCUCUCCCAGUUUCAUCACUUCAUAGAAUUCAUUAAGGAGCUGGAGGUGAAAUCUGCUCUAAAGGCAUCAGUGAUCAGUUCUGGAUCAUUGAUCCUGUUGCUCGGUGAAAGAGAACAUAUCAUUAAAACACAGAAGAUCAGCAGAAGCUCUAGUGCUCCAAGAACAUCAACUCCCUCUGGAAAUACAACAAUCUCUGAAGACCUAGAGCCGAGUGAAACUGGCAAUCUCACCUCAAACGACCCUGAAGACUUUCCUUCUGAAACCAAUGUUUCCUCUAUUCAAAACAUCUCAGAAGAAACUCUUUCAACCACAGAGAGAUCAGAUGCAAACAUCACAAAUGAAGGUGUUAUCUCUGAGGAAAUGAAGUCAUCUGCACUUGAUUUGUCUGUAAAACAAGAGAUGGUUCUGUCCCCUGUUCUUCUGACUCUACAGUCCCAGCUGUCUCAGGUGGAGCAAGACUGGGUGGAGAUACAGACACACAUACCCACCGUCCAACAGAGACUGCACCAGAGUGUGGUGGAGAGCCUGUCUCCUGAAGGGCUGCUGGCUGAUGUGUGUGGCUGGAUUACAGGUGCUGAGAACAGGUUACAGGCGGCUGAACGAGAGGGUCACAGCACAUUUACCGCCGCAGAGCUCACACACCUGCUCAGAACAUAUCAGGGAAUGAAGAGAGAGAUGGCAUGUCAGCAGAUGUCUGUUGACUUUAUUAAUCAGUGUGAGCUGAAGCAGGUCGGUUUUGACUCUCACACCUGCAGGUACAAACACACUGCGUUUGCUGAAAGCCUGGGACAUGUCAGUCUGCGUUGGCUUACUCUACAGGCUCACCUGAAAAUACAGAUUCUACAUGUUGAAGAACAGGUGAGGAUAAGUGCAGAGCGAGAUAACAAACUACACCUCCUGCAGUGCUGGGUCAAAGGUCAAAAACAAUGGAUGCGAUUGGCUGAGAGACCCAUCAGUCGCUCAUUUGCUGAGAGGAGCCUGAAGGAAUGUGAAGAACUGGGGGAAAAAUUGAAGGACAAAUUCACUGAACUUACUGAGCUGGAAAAGAGGAGAUUUACCACUGAUGAAGAGGACAGGGAUAAAGACUUUCUCUCAAAAGCUCAAAAGCUCUCACAGUCUUUGACAUAUCUUUCUCAACAGAGUAAAGGUCUUGGAAAUACCCUGAGGGAGCUGUGUAAGGUGUGGUCUCAGUUUGAAAGUAGGAGGAGCCAGGCAACUGUAAACACAAUGAGGAUCUGCCAAUCACUAGAGUAUCACCACGCCCCUCUGCCCUCCCUCUCCGCCCUCCAGAACAACAUUGAUAAGCUACAGGUCUUAAAAGCUGACACAGAGGAGAGUGACAGACAAUGGGAGGAUCUUAACAAGACAACAUCAGUCCUUAUUGGUGGAAUUAGCACAGACUCUGCCCAGAUAUUAUCUGAGCACCUAGAAAAAGAAAAAGCAAGGUGGUCAGAGAUGAAGGAAAAGGUCAUACACACCUUGAAGAGGUCACACAGCCUUCUGAAGGUGUGGCAGAGAUACUCGGAUAUGAGAAGCACCUGCUCAGAGCAGCUCCAACGCCACAGAGAACAGCUUGCUAUGCACAACAAUACACCUGCUGACAAUAAACAACUCACACACAGCAUCGCAGAGAUGAAGACUAUGUUACAGAAAGGUUCGGAGACUCUGCAGACUGAUGUUCAUGAAAUGCUUGAAGCGUCUAAAGAUCUGAUUGAACAGGUGGAUGAUGAAGAUGCUGUUUUCAUCAGAUCAGAAUGUCGUUUGUUAACACGAGGUUACCUGCAGUUAGAACAGACUCUGAAAGGACGAAUUGAACACAUGCAGGAGGAUCUUGAGCAAUUUCAGGAAUUUGAAAGGCUAUACCAGUCCCUCGAAACACAAUUACAACAGUGGGAAAGCAAGCAAAGGAUGUACAGUGAACACACAGACAUAUCUCAGUUGGGUCUGAUGGAGAUCAGUUCUCUCUCUCCUGAUCUGGAUCUACUAAACACACUCAGCUACAGGUUGACCCUUAGUGACCCCAUGACACAGAAGCUACAGCACCUCAACAGGAAGUGGGCACAGGCCUCGGCACAUGCUCAGGAGAAGUGCAGUGAGUUGCAGGCAGCCUCUCUCCAUCGGCAGAGCUUCGAGCAGAGAUGUGAGAGCUGGCUGGCUUUCCUACAGCGCAUGGAGGACAGUUUAGCUGUAGAAAUUGCAUCAACUUACCCUGGACUAAGAGAACAGCAAUGCACGCACCAGUGUUUUCAGGCUGAGUUGUCUUUAGGCCAUCAGAUCCUUCACUCUGUGAUCAGUGAAUCUCUCCUCCUGUUGCAAAAGGGAGAUGUGGAGGACAGGAGCGACUUCCUGUUAAAACUGUCCCAGCUGAGAGAGCACUGGCAGGGGGCGGUGCAGAGAGCGGCCCAACGGCGUGCUCUAGUGGAAGGGCUCAUACAGCAAUGGCACCUUUAUACACACACAAUGCACAAACUCCGCAAACUUCUCACACUCACACACACACUUCUGUCCCCUACCAGUCCCACCCACUGUAGCGUCCUGCAGCUGUGCCUCUUGCUGGAUGAUCUGAAGCGAACAGAGCUGUUGUUUCAAAGGUCGAUCUCUGCAUAUCUGUGUGUGAUGGAGGUAGGCAGGCAGCUGUUCUCAGUGAGUGACACGCAGACGCAGAUGCAGCUGCAGACAGACCUGGCUGCUCUGCAGGAGGAUUGGGAGCAAUGCCAGUGCAUGCUGGGAAAAAGAAAAACACUCACAUCUGACAUCAUAAAGAAGUGGGAGACCUGUGAGAUCAGACUAGCAGAUCAGGCCCAGCGCCUGGAUGAGCUACGGGCCAGACUAAAGCAGUUGAUCCCAGAUCAGCAAGAGGAGAUGGAAGAAGAACGCCUCCUCGUGAAGGAGGUUCAGGAUUGUUUAGAGGACUGGGCCGUCAGUCUUUCCGAGCUCAGCACCAUGAAGACGGACCUGUCCCAGUACAUCCUUACUGAUGACGUCCUCCUCCUGCAGGAGCAAGUGGACCAUCUGCACUGUCAGUGGGAAGAACUCUGCCUCAAGGUGUCUCUGCGUAAGCAGGAGAUUGCUGACCGGCUGAAUGCCUGGAUCAUUUUCAAUGAGAAGAAUCGGGAGCUGUGUGAAUGGCUGACACAGAUGGAGAACAAGGUGGCGCACAGCGCCGAGCUCAGCAUCGAGGAGAUGGUGGAGAAACUCAAGAAGGACUGCAUGGAGGAGAUCAACCUCUUCAGUGAGAAUAAGACACAUCUGAAACAACUGGGAGAAACACUCAUCACUGCUAGCAACAAGACCAAAGAGACAGAAAUAAAUGACAAGAUCAAGGACAUCAAUGACCGCUGGCAGCAUCUGUUUGAUCACAUCGAGGCCAGGGUGAGGAAACUAAAGGAGACAUUGGUGACAGUGCAACAGCUGGAUAAGAAUAUGAGUAAUCUCCGUACCUGGCUUUCCCGUGUUGAGGGUGAGCUGGCAAAACCUAUCACCUACACCAUCUGCCACAAUGAUGAGAUACAGCGUAAACUAACAGAGCAUCAGGACUUGCAGAGAGACAUUGAACAGCACACAGAGGGUGUGACGUCUGUUCUGACCCUGUGUGAUGUUUUGCUGCAUGAUGCGGACGCUUGUGGCAGCGAUGGAGAGAACGACUCCAUUCAGCAGACCACACUCAGCCUGGACCGCCGCUGGAGGAACAUAUGUGCCAUGUCCAUGGAAAGGAGGAUGAGGAUUGAGGAGACAUGGCGUCUGUGGUGCAAGUUCCUGGACGACUAUGCACACUUUGAAGAGUGGCUGAACACGGCAGAACGCACAGCAGCCAACCCCGCCACUAAAGACGUACUCUACACCUGUGCUAAAGAGGAACUCAAAAAGUUUGAGGCGUUCCAGCGUCAGGUCCAUGAGCGCCUGACACAGCUGGAGCUGGUGAAUAAACAAUACCGACGCCUGGCACGAGAGAACCGGACAGACGGUGCCAGUAAGCUGAAGUUGAUGGUUCAUGAGGGAAACCAGCGCUGGGAUAUGCUACAGAAGAGAGUUGCUGCUGUGCUCCGCAGGUUAAAGCACUUCACAUCUCAGCGGGAAGACUUUGAAGGAACGAGGGAGGGGAUUCUGGUCUGGCUGACUGAGAUGGACCUUCAGCUCACUAAUGUGGAGCAUUUUUCAGAGAGCGAUAUCCAUGAAAAGAUGCGUCAACUAAACGCAUUUCAGCAAGAGAUCACUCUAAACACAAAUAAGAUUGAUGCGCUGAUUGUGUUUGGAGAGAACCUGAUCCAGAAGAGCGCUCCGCUGGACGCUGUACUCAUCGAAGAUGAACUAGAGGAACUGCACUCCUACUGCCAGGAAGUAUUUGGCAGGGUCUCCCGAUUCCACUAUCGUCUUAUCAGCAGACGCCCAGUGAUUGAGGAGGACCGAGAGUUCUCAGACAGAGACACAGAUCCGGAAGACUCGACUGAUUUCAGUGGGGUGUGGGAGAGGGAAAGGGAGGAAGAUGAGGCUGCUAUGGGAUCCGAUGUUUCACUGACAGUACGUCAAGCCGUGUCCCACCUGUUACCACCUGCUCUGGAGCGCUCAGGGCGUGAGACGCCCGUCAGUGUGGAUUCUAUUCCGCUGGAGUGGGACCACACCGUUGAUGUGGGAGGAUCUUCAUCUCCAGAGGAUGAUGAGGAGUUGACGUACUACAGUGCCCUAUCAGAUGUAGAGGUCACUGAGAGCUCUCAGUCAUUUGUUAAAGCUACAUCUAAAGCUUUGAAAGCUGUGUCCGGGGGAAGAUCAGUGGUGGAGACGUGGCACUCUCCUGAUGCGCCAGACAGGACACGAGUGAACAGAGAGAUCACCAGCACACAGUACCACCCACAGGCCUAUGAUAAACUCAUGUCUGAGUGUGCUGGCAGUAUAGACAGUAUAAAGCGAGUGAAGCUGAUUCUGAACGAGGAAGAACAACUGGAGGAUCAGGGACUGACGGUCCUCUCUGCAGGAGAUAAGACAGGUGUGAUCGAGCGAUGGGAGCUCCUGCAGGUGCAGUCGUGCAGCGUGCCACAGGAUCUUCAGCAGUGGCACAGACUCAACUCUGACCUCAGCGAUGUCAUGGCAUGGCUGAACGCUGUGAUGCCUGAGCUAGAGAAACUUCAAACUCUAGAGCCAAAAAUCACAAUCAGAGACAUGGAGAGCAAUAUCCACAAACUAAAGGACAUGCAGAGGACUUUUAACGGCUACAAAUCGGUGAUGAUUGGUGUCAAUCUCAGUGGGCGGGGCUUCCAGCAUGGAGACAGCACUGAACUACGAGAACUGCGUGAGAAUCUGCAGUUAGCCAAUCAGAAAUGGGCACAGGCCUGUGCGGCCCUGGACAGCUGGGAGCACCGACUGCAUCAAGCACUCAUGGAGUGUCAGGAGUUUCAUGAGACACUUCACUCUCUGCUGCUGUGGUUAGCUAAAGCAGAAAGCCAGCGCUACAUGGUCAACAUCCAUGACACAAACACAGACCUCAACAUCCUGCAAGAGCAUCGAGACACACUCAAGGCUGUUCAGCAGGACUUGCAGUCUCGCGAGAGGGACGUGAACUCCCUGCAGGAGAUCUCCUCACAGAUCCUACUACAGGACCAGAGAGAAGACACCCUGGAGGCCAAAGAGAAGGUUCACGUCAUCAGCAACAAGUUAAGGCUGCUGAUCAGACAGAUCGCUCACGACCUGCACACACUGCAGAGCAGACUGGACUCGUCGGGUCCAAAUGUGGGCAGGACAGCAUCAACACAACACCAGGAAGUCGCAGAGGUUCAGGAUGUUCCACGGGGAUCUCCCGCGAGUGUCAGGGCUGAUAAAGCUGAUUGUUCCCCGGCGAGGCCGUUCCUGUACCGUGUCCUGCGAGCAGCUUUCCCCCUCCACAUCCUCUUCCUGCUGCUGCUGGUUGUGGCGUGUUUGGUGCCUCUCUCAGAGGACGACUACAGCUGCACUCUCUCCAACAACUUUGCCCGAUCCUUUUACCCCAUGCUCCUCUACACCAACGGACCCCCGCCCACAUGAGCAUGA